UCGGACCUAAAGUGAUCCGAAAUUGUUCCAAAGAGAAAAAAUAAAAUCUAAAAAAGGAGUAAAACCAAAACUGAGCCAUAGUUCGGAUAACCCGAACCCGGCCGGCCAUCAUACACAUUACACAAUGCAGUCCUCAAGCUCCUGCCUCCCUCAGCCAUUCAGCCUCACUCCCCCAGUCCCCACUCCCCAGUCCGGCAGUCCCCAAUCCCCACGCUGACCCCUGACCUCGUCUUCUCUCCUGCUCCCAGUCUCCCAGCACGCACCACGCACUCCCAGCACGCAGUCGCACCCUCCUCCCCUCCUCGUCUUCUCAGCCCUCCGUGUCUCACACCAGUCACCGGCGAAGCUCGUCGUUCGACUGACGACGGUGACGUCCGACGACUGACGACCUACGGUGCUACCCUGCUUCUCGGUGACCACUGACGCUUGUCUGCUUGGCCCGGUCGUCUUCUUCUCUAUUACUUCCCCGCCACUGCUCUGCGCUGCUAGUCCCGCUCCUUCUGCUCCGCUCUCUUCUCCGGUCUUCUUAUCAGUGUUCUAUUGUAAAGACAGUUCUUCAGGAUGCAUGCACUGAGAGUUUCUCCUUUACUUAUUGCUAAAACAUUUCAAGCAAUGGAAAUUCCAUCAAGCACACGAAGCACUGUGGUGUGUGCUGCAAAAGGUCCAAGGCCACGCUAUCCACGAGUUUGGAAGACCCAUAAAAGAGUUGGGACCAUUAACAAGGCUGCUAAGCUUGUUGAGACUAUUAGACAGCUCUCAAAUGUCAAAGAGGAAGUUUAUGGUGCUCUUGAUUCCUAUGUUGCUUGGGAAUUAGAGUUCCCUUUAAUUACUAUGAAAAAGGCACUCAAGACUCUAGAAGAUCAACAAGAGUGGAAGCGGGUAAUACAGGUAACAAAGUGGAUGUUAAGCAAAGGUCAAGGUAGGACUAUGGGAAGCUAUUUCACAUUAUUGAAUGCAUUAGCAGAAGAUGAUCGAAUCGAUGAAGCUGAAGAGCUUUGGACGAAGUUAUUAAUGCAGUAUAUGGAAAGCUUGCCUCGUAAAUUCUUUGAUAAAAUGAUAUCUAUCUACUACAAGAGAGGCAUGUAUGACAAGAUGUUUGAGGUUUUUGCUGAUAUGGAGGAGCUUGGUAUUCAUCCUAAUUUGACUGUCGUGCAAGUGAUUGGAGGUGUCUUUAAGGAGGUGGGCAUGUUGGACAAAUAUGAGAAGAUACACCAAAAAUAUCCACCACCUAGGUGGAAAUAUAGAUACGUCAAAGGAGGACGGCGUAUAAAAAUUAAGGUGUCUGGUCAACCUUAUCAAGGCAACUACAGAGAAGGGAAUGAGCAUGCAAAGUUGAAUGGUGAACCAAAUUUGGACUUAGACGACAAUGAUACAUCAGAAGAGACUUCAGAGUUAGAGGAAGUUGAUGAACAAUUCAACCAGGACGCCAAUGCAAGAACCAUGGAAUCUAAACAAAUAUCAGAUGAUUCAUUUGAGACUAAGGAACCAGUUUUAGAUGUAUAAUAGAUGGGGAUAGAUGAUUUUAGAUAAUUCAAUACUUGAUGAGUUUCCAUUGGCAGUUAUUUCUGUCAUAGUUGGAAUGUAUUGUUUACAUGCCUCUAUCAUGGAAAGAUGGAAAGUGUUAAGGAUAUAGAAUGGAGACACUCUUGGACAAGAAGAUUAUGCUUUUGAAACUAAGGUAUUCUACAAUGGGAAAAACCAAGAUGUGAUGUUCUUCUCUAGCCAGCAUCAAUGAAGAUUUUAGCACUUUGCACAGGAAUCUAUGUUCUACCUCAUACAAUGACACAUAUUAGCAGUGAAUCAUCUUGUGCUGUUGUGCAUACUUUUCUUUUUCAAUAAUGUUAUUCUUAAAGAAUGUAAAAGACGAGUCAUUAAGAAAGCAAAUUAUUUACCAUUUAAAUUUAUAA